AUGGUAGUCUUCGCAGUCGUCGCCUCAGCCGGGCUCGACUACUACCGCCAGAACUGGACGUACGAAGGGCUCCGAGAGCAGGAGAGGGCUGCGCAAAUGUGCGAUGAGCCGGAAGUGGAGGAGAAGCAGUUGCCGACGCCGACGCCACCCCGGCGGCGCUGGUUCGGUGCGGGCGCUUGCUUCGCCUGGCUCUUCCGCUCUCGCCGUUCCCGCUCGAAGAAGUUCACGAAGUCAAAGAAGUCGGAGAAGACCAGGUCGAAGCGCUCUUCCAUGUCGACUCCUUUGACCGUCUUCGAGGUGGAUGAGACGGCGAUCACUGUGCCGCCGGUCCCUUCACAGCCCCGGCCCAUGCCUGCAUCUCGGGGCUCCUCCAUCUCGUCCCUUGAGUCCAUCCUGAAGAAGGACGAGGUGGAGGUGGAGGUGACUGCGGUUGUUCUUGAUGCGCCAGCUCCUGCGAUGGCCAAGCGAGCCAUGGUGCACUUCGAUGAACGCAGCCUCGAGAAACCUCACCGCCCAACUCGCAUUGACCGCAACGUCGUUGAACCCCCUCACCACACUCGCGUGCUUGGAAACAUCAAGCACCGAGCUCGGACAGCCAUGCUUGGCAUGAGGGUACUGCCCCGCACGACCACACGCAAGCGCAUGAUUAGGGCGUAG